AUGAAGCUCGAGGAUAGGAUAAUACCUCGUUGCAUAACACUAACGGGUUUUAACAAUGCAGUAGAGCGGACAUCUGGAGAAAUAACACUACCAGUCCUAGCUGGGGGAGUCACGCUGGAAACUACAUUCCACGUCAUGGACCAGGAAACCGCUUAUAAUGCCAUCAUAGGACGCCCAUGGAUACCCGCCAUGCGAGCCAUCCCCUCAAGCUUCUAUCAGGUAAUCAAGUUUCCCACCCCGUGGGGAAUUUUUGGCAUUCGAGGCGAGCCGCGUACCGCCCAGGAGCGCUACCGAAUUUCCCAAGAUUACACACAUACCAAGCAGUUAAAAGGGGCUAACGCGGAAGCAUAG